AUUUAUUUAUUAAAUCGUCGUCUCCACUCGUUAUAGGUGAUUUAUUGAGAAACCGCUUUUCUUAUUUCCUAUUUCCUAUCUCUCCGUCGUCACCGUUCCCGAUUCUUCCAUCUGGAUGCUCCCUCUAUUUCUCUCUGGAUUUCGGCUGCAUCGAGGAGACCCAAUCACUCAUCAAGAACAAAAUAGAGAAAAAAAUUAUUAAUUGCGGAUAUCGGGGUCUUGUUCGGUGUAAUUUUUGGGGUUUUCGGGUUUAAUUCCAGUAUACCUUGUAGAGAGAAAACGAAUAUUGCAGAAGAGGGGAUAUAGAGGGAGAGUUUUGUGUUUACAUCCCUAUUGUUAUCGGUUUUAUUUAUCCGAUUUUGCUUGUACUUUUAAUGCGUUGUAGCAUCUCUGAAAUUAUAUUGGAAAAAUAGGAAGAGCAAAAAAUGAAGUACCGAUUUUUUUCUUUUGUGUGUAUUACAUGUGAUUGAUUACUCGGUGUAGUUAUAUUAGCUAACGUUUGUUGAGAGUUGAUUGUUAACUGUUAUUGAAAGAAACAAAAAAGGAAUACGCAAAAAAAACACCCAAAAGAGAGACUGCUGCUGUUAAUUUUAUGUUAUUUUCCGUUUUUUUUUUUUUUUUUCACUUUGAAGAGUGCAAGAAUUACUGAACUUUCUUUUUGGAGAAAAGGGUUUCGAUGGGUAGCCCUGCACCGAGUAAUUCGUCUACUGGAGCUCGAAUUGGAUUGUCAGAGCCAAUUUCAACUGGUGGCCCGAGCGAAUUGGAUGUUGUCAGGACUAAUGAGUUGGAGAAGCUUCUUGCGGAUGCAGGACUUUACGAAAAUCAUGAAGAAGCUGUAAAAAGGGAAGAAGUUCUUGGCAGAUUGGACCAGAUUGUUAAGCAAUGGGUGAAGAAUAUUUGCCGGGCCAAGGGUUAUAGUGAAAUGGUGGUUCAUGAGGCAAAUGCAAAAAUUUUCACAUUUGGAUCCUAUCGCCUUGGAGUUCAUGGACCCGGCGCUGACAUUGAUACCUUGUGUGUUGGACCAAAGCAUGCUACUCGACAUGAAGACUUCUUUGGUGAACUUUACAGAAUGCUUUUAGAGAUGCCUGAGGUGCAAGAGCUCCAUCCUGUACCAGAUGCUCAUGUGCCAGUGAUGAAGUUCAGAUUCAAUGGUGUCUCUAUAGACCUGCUGUAUGCAAAUGUGGCCCUCUGGGUUAUUCCUGAAGACCUGGAUAUAUCUCAAGAAUCCAUUCUGCAAAAUGUGGAUGACCAAACUGUUCGUAGCUUAAAUGGUUGCAGAGUAACUGAUCAGAUAUUGCGCCUGGUCCCAAACAUUCAGACAUUCCGGACCACGCUGCGAUGCUUGAGACUCUGGGCAAAAAGACGAGGAGUUUAUUCAAAUGUUACUGGUUUCCUUGGUGGUAUUAAUUGGGCGCUCCUUGUUGCACGCAUUUGCCAGCUCUACCCAAAUGCUCUGCCUGGCAUGUUGGUGUCUCGCUUUUUUAGGGUUUACAACUUGUGGCGGUGGCCAAACCCUGUUAUGUUGUGCCCAAUUCAAGAUGGAUCUCUAGGACUGUCUUUCUGGGAUCCUAGAAGAAACUACAAAGACCGACAACACCUAAUGCCCAUUAUAACUCCUGCAUAUCCAUGCAUGAACUCGAGCUACAAUGUAUCGACAAGCACAUUGCGGGUCAUGACGGAAGAAUUUCAUAGAGGAAAUGAAAUCUGCGAGGCAAUAGAAGCAAACAAGAUGGGCUGGGCGGUACUUUUUGAGCCUUUUGCUUUCUUUGAAGCAUACAAAAAUUAUCUACAGAUAGACAUAGCCGCGGAGGAUAAUGAUGACUUAAUGAAUUGGAAAGGAUGGGUCGAGUCUAGAAUACGCUUGCUUACUUUAAAGAUCGAAAGGGAUACUGGGUCUCUUCAGUGUCACCCUCACCCCGGUGAAUUUUCAGACAAGUCUAAGUCUUUUUACCAUUGUUAUUUUAUGGGUCUGCGGAGGAAACAAGGCACUAAUCCUCAAGGAGGAGAACAAUUUGACCUAAGAAUGACAGUUGAGGAAUUUAAGCGGGAUGUAUAUGGGUACUCAUUCUGGAAGCCGUCGAUGUGGAUUCAAGUAUGUCACGUCAAACGUAAAGAUUUACCUCUUUUCGUCUUCCCGGGUGGAGUUCGACCUUGUCCUCCUGCUAGAAGUGCUUCUGGGAGCCGUUCAGUUCACAAAUCACCCAGCUCCAACUCUGCACAAUCUGAUGCCGUUACAAUCAAGAAGAGAAGACGGGAUGAAGUCAAUCGAGCAGUUAAUUUGACGGAGUCAUCAACCAUUAGCGAUGCAAGUUCACUGGAUGAAACAGCCCCCAAGAAGCAUAUUGCAGCUGAUCUUACAGCCAGCGUAACAAAUGUGGAAUCUACUGAUGAUAUAUCCAACCAUACGCUAGAAAUUCCCGGGGUAGGAUUUGCUGGGGUCCCGACUACUUCUGCUGCUCUGUCCUGUUCAUUAGCAGUAGAGAAGAACAUUGCUGAACAAUCUUCCGCACAAGCUAUCAAUCACCAAGCUUCUGAGGAAAUACUCGAUGGCCUCACACAAGCCAUACUGCCAAAGAUUGAAACCCGACCCAAUGAAAUUCAAUCCAAUGGCAAGACUGAAGAACUUAAGCUGUUGCCUUCCUUCUCGUCGGGGCAUGCAGCAGGAAAUGGAACAAAUUGCUCAAGGGUUCUACAGAAUUGCGAAUUGGAAGAGCUCGAGCCUCUUGAAUUGCCGGUACCAAGUUCUGUGGCAUCUGCAAAUGUUGCACCUCAGAAACCCCUUAUCAGAUUCAACUUCACCUCAAUACGAAAGGCAACUGGCAACAGUGCAUAGCUGCUGCUGUACUCAGAUCGGAUCCGAUCGCAUCAAAUCGGCCGGUGUCCCGUCGCCACUGGGCGCCAUUCUCAUUGCAUUUAUAGCCUUAAGAACUUCCUCAAAUGUUAGAGAAAAAAUUUUCCUUAUCCUGCUGUCUUGUAGACCAAAUGUUUGGUCUUCUACUGUAUCAUGGAAUAUUUUCCCAAUUUUUGUUUUAAUGCAACCAGAUUUUUAUCGAAUUUA